UUAAUCUCUUGCCAUUUCCUUUGUUUGUUUGAAUGUUUAUUCUAUUUUUCAUUCACGUGUACACUCACCUAAAUGAUUCGCGAGUUUGGUGUGACAAUUGGUUGGAGUUUGAUCGUACGUAAUUGUUUUUGUACUACAGUUUCUUUGAGACACGAAAAUGAAUGAAAAGAAAGCAUGCUCUUCGAAGCAGAAAAACUUAUCCGAUUACCAACGCCGACGCAUCGAAGAAAACCGUCAAAAAGCAAUCAAUCUGCGACAAGCCCGGCUUUUAACACAUCCGUACAGUUCCGACAAGAAACAGACCGAAACGGCUGUUUCGGUAAACAACGUGAUCAAAGUAUCUGGAACAAAGUACAUCGACAGCGGUGGCGGUUUCUUGAUCGAGCAAAGGACCAACCCGACCGAAGAUGAAACCAGUGAGCGAUUGGAAUCUAUUCAGGAAUCGGAUACGGUACCCGUGCCCAUCGAAUACGAUGAAUGUUUGGAGUGUGGCGAUCGAUUUGCAGACUCUUACCUAUUCAACACAUUUAACUAUUCGGUGUGUGAUGCAUGCCGAGAACCGGACGGUCAACAUUCGCUAAUCACCCGUACCGAGGCCAAACAGCAGUAUCUGCUGAAGGACUGUGAUUUGGACCGUCGUGAGCCAGCUUUGAAGUACAUCAGCCGCAAAAACCCGCACAAUGUGCGAUGGGGUGAGAUGAAGCUGUACUUACAUCUUCAGAUCGAACAACGAGCGUUGGAAAUUUGGGGCAGCGAAGAGAAGCUGAUGCGAGAGAAGGAAGAACGGGAGGAGAAGCGUGAGAUUUUGAAGGUGAAAAAGUACAACAAGCGGUUAAAAGAGUUACGGAUGGAUGUAAGAAGUAGUCUAUACGACAAAACCGUUCAGGUGCAUGUGCAUUCUUUCGGUGAUUCAGAGGUAUACAACGAGGUAGAAGACAACUACACCCGAUCCUGCGAAUUCUGUGGAUAUUCGGAAACGUUCGAGAAAAUGUAAAAAAAGAAAAUUCCAAUCUUUGAUCAAUUAAAGGCUAGUAGGGUUAACUAUAUAA